CUGUAAACAAUAUGGCGGGCAUAAUCAGAUUUUUACCGAUAACGCUAUGAAGCGAAGACAUUCAAGCCGAUAUCAACCGUUCUUAUGACAUCAACUUGUUUCAUGCAAGAAACAUCUGCGUAACUAAACAUGCCUGGGAAAGAACUAUUUCCGAACCAAAAGGAUCCUCGAGGAGCUUUCCGACAUGGCACCAAUCGCCAGGUAGAGUUGACACUGCGUCAUGAAUUGGAUGACGUGGCCAAGAAAUCCGUGACAGAGAUUAUAUACAACAAACAACAGAAAAGCAAGGAACCAUUGGAUGAGGAGGAAUAUACCUCUAAGCGACUCCAGCCAGAGUUUGUUCCAAAAAAAGUAAAGGAGAAGAGAAAGACCCAGCCUGUCUUCCAUGAUGAUAUUCCAGCUAAAGGGGCUAAGAAGGACCCAAAGUUCCAGUUGGUGCCAAAUAUUCCCGCCUACAAUCCCCUGGAUAAGGGAAGUAAUGCCCAGGCCCCAGGGGACAAGACGAGGAAAUAUCCUUAUACCAAGGAUUCUACAGUUACCACAAAAGAGCUGAAGCAGCCCCAUAUAUCCUCUGUAGGUGUCACCCCGGCCAGACAAAGUGUGGAUGUACCAGCUUUGAAGGUGGUCCUACAAGGUCAGGCUGCAGCUGUUGAUAAGGACUCCAUGCUUGACCAGAUGGCAAUGGCAAACAAGUUACGUUCAGGCUCGCCAGUUUCCCCCGAACCUAUUGGAGAUGAAACUGUAAGGGAAGAGCCGUUGAUUAUGUCAGACCGUGAUUGGUACAAAAAGCCUGCCAUUGUCAGUUCUGAGGGAACUACGAGAGGAGUUCAGUUUAAAGAGAGGCAAAAACCUGUACCACAUCCAUCCUCAUUGAAGAAACCUCUCAAGAAACGAUUACAAACCCCAGCCCACAGUGCCACCAGUAUCCGGUCGUCCCUACAGAGUGAGAACAUUUCCCUACCUGAUGAUGGCAUUUACAGUCAAUAUGAUGACGUCAUCGCUGGCCUUGACCAGGAUAUGGAAAAUGUACAGACUGCCAUGCAAGCCCAAGAUGAAGGAGACGACAGGGCUGUCAGUCGGGAUGCCAAGUCCUCUAAAGAUCUACUGGAGGAAGCCAGAAGAAUAUCCAGACCUGGGUCUGAGGCUCUGUAUAAAUCAGGCAAGAAGAAAGAGUCACCAAGAAAGAGGGACGGCAAGAAAGACAGUAAAAAAUCGGCUAAAGAAAAGGCAAAAGGAAAGAGUAAAGAGAAGGAAGAGGAGACAGAAGUCAAACCCAGGGUAGAGAGAACUGUAGAUGAAAUCAUCGCCUCUCUCAGAGCUCAUUCAGGGCAAAAGAAGAUAUCGGAGGCUGAUCGGAGGAUACAAGAGCUACUUGAAGGUGUCAUGGCAGGGGACAAUCUUUAUGAGGAUGAAGAAGCCCAGAAAACAGACUCUCCAGAUUUGAAGAAAUCAGAUACAGAAUUGGAGCUGGAUUCCCAAAGUGUUUCACAAACCCCUCAUCUAGAGGGCACAAGUGUGUCAUCCCCAUCAAUGGGAGACACCACGGCCCGAACUAGUCCAUCAGUCCUGGAGGGAUCAAAGGAAGGUGGGCAACAGGAACAGAUCCCAGAGGAGAAGGAGGAUGGGAAGACAGAAGGUGAGGCAGGCAGUGGCCCCGCAAACAAAGGUACAACUGUGGACCAACAAGCAGAUGACAAGCCCCAGACAGACAUACAGAUUCCGUAUCCGCCUACAGAUACUACUACACGAGGGGUGAUCUUCGGUGAGGAGAUCACAGACGAAGGGAGACAACUAGAGUCUGUAGACAUUAAACAGAUUUAUGACGAUUUGAUGGCUCCUCCAGAUGCUACUUACGAAGACAUUGUUAGCGUGGCAGGACAAAGUUUUGAUCUAGCAGGGAGACAACUCCGACAACCAAACAUUCCUCAGACCACGAUUCAAUCAUCCUCAGUAUCAUUUUUGUCGUCAUGGAAACCAAUGUCCCCUCGGAAGUACCCUCCCCCUGAGCAGGAAGAGGCUCCCCAUCCAUCAAAGAACAUCCAUCAUUUUUGUACUGUGACAGCCGAUUAUCAGCUUCCUGAUGAGUUCAGAAAUGUGGGGCGUAAAUAUCACACACCGAGCCGAUUCGAGGGCCAGCUGAAACAUCCCUACAGGUUCGGAAGCUCAGGUCCAAGCCAGGCAGAAACAAUAGAAGAGGAGACAGCUUCACAGCUGUCAAAGGCAUCUGAUGAACGAGAUGCAGAGGAGGAGAGACUGGUGUCGGCUGCAAGGCGUGUUUUGAUGGAGGCAGACGACGAUAUGACAACUUCCCGAGAGGACUCCUUUAUGAUCUGGAAGAAACGAGCAGAGAAUGUUUUUGAGCAGGAUGAAAUCACAGUAGAGGGCUCUCAGAUUGUCCUGAAGUCAGAUGAAUCUCGUCUGUACUGGAUGCCUGCCCCUCCUAAACUGGAUGUUCCACCUGUCAAGGUGAAGGAGGUCCUAUUUCCAGAAUACCAGCCUGCCGUAGUUUUGGGCCAGGAUAUUCGUGAACGGUCCUCUACACAACAGGAGGAGUAUGAGGAGAGUGAGGAAGAGGAGGAAGAGGAUGAUGUCACAGAAGCAGGACAGGAGGUUCAGGAGAGCUUCAGAGUUAUAUACCACAAAAGUUUGUCAGCUGAAGAUCUUACUAAACUUGAUAAAGCCAAAUCUCAGUACCAGGAAGAUGUGAAGGCAGGGAAAAUCUACCCAUACGAAAAGAGGAAACUUCUGAAGGGAGAGGCUCCAGUAGAUGAUGGAAAACCAGAGGAAUUGAGUCGAGAAUCGACCCCUAUAGGUCCCCCUCCUCCACAGGGUGGGAUUGUUGAACCGACAGAGGAGGAAUAUGAACCAGUUUUCCCUCUUCUAAGACGGAGUCGGUCAGACCCAAUGUUGGUGGGCCUUGAUGAUGAUACUCUCCUAGUGCCUCAGGAUUACAACUCGGCUAUGCAGGAGAUAAAACGUCAGAAGAGAAAUAUCCGUCAGAUGAAGCUGAAGUGGAGACUGGAGGAAAUAGAGAGACUGGAUAAGGAAAAACGUCUGAUGGAUGAAGAGAUGAAGGAGGAGUCUCCAGACAAUGUGACAAUCACCGCUCUGAAACAGAAAGACGACUCAACAAUUGAUGAAGCUAACCAGUCGAAUGUGGUAGAUGACCACGACACACUGGUUUCUGACCACGGUCAGAAACUGACCAGUGAUGAAAAACCUAAAUUAUCUAUGGAUGAACCAACACCAGCAGAACUGGCCUUGGCUGCUGGGCGGGCAUAUGUCAUUCUACCCAAAAAGGGGAAGAAAAAGAAGAAACGUGCCCCAAUCAACAUGGCACGUCUGGAUGACAUUGAGCGAUUCCUGAGGGCUCCACCAAAACGCCUGGAACGAUCCAAUUCUCUGACUGACAUAACCAAGCCUGUGGAAAGAGAGCUACGAGUACCAAGCAAGGUGAGGAGCCGAAUCCGCAGCAGUAUACCAGACUUGCUGAACUUUGAUGAGUAUGGAAAAAAGAAGGGACUCAGAGCUGAUGAUGAUGAGCGGGAAUGGGUACGUGUGAUCUGGAAUCGCUGGUUUGAUGAGCUAUAUCCACCAACACCCUCAGAUUCUGAAGAGGAAGACAAUAUGUCGGUGUCAGAAGAUCAGCCUAAGGAAGAGAAGAUGGAUAGAAAGCGGAAAGACUCCUUGACAAGCUCAUUGUCAGACAUCAUCAGCGUCAUUGACCCUAUCGAGGAGACAGAGGAGAAUCUAGAAUUAUUGGAGAUCAUGUACGAAGAGGUGGAGAAACUAGACAAAGAGAUUGCAGAAACAAAGAGGCCGAUAGCCUUCGACCACUGUAGGAGGGGCGCUCUUCUGAGGAAGCUUGGAAUGGUGAAGAGAGCAGAAGAAGAUCUGGACUCAGCCAUACGUUUGGAACCCAUGUUACUGGACGCCUACUGGCACCGACAUCUGCUGUUCCUGCUGCAGGACAAGAAAAAGGAAGCAUUAGAAGACCUCACCUUUAUCCUCAAACACAGCAAGAACCACUCUGGCUCCUACAGGUCCAUGGCGGAGAUUUAUCGUAAACAAGGGGAGAUAACAAUGGCAGUCAUUAAUUACACACAGGCAGUCAAACUGAAUCCGCUGGACCAUGAAGCCUACUACCAGAGAGCACUCAUGUAUGAAAAGAGAGGAGACAUGCUGUUGGCCCUCGAGGACUUGUCUAAGGCCAAGAAAAUCAUGCCAACAAGGACAGAUGCGAUCCUUAAACAUGGCCUCUACUAUUUUGAGAUUGGGAACUGGACAAAUGCGAUCCAGGACUUUACAGACUUACUGAAGGUUGACCCAUUAGACGCCUCGGCGAGAACGUAUCGCGGCCGAGCUUACGCCAAAAUGCAGCAAUGGUCACCAGCAGUGCAGGACUUGUCGGCAGCCAUCCACCUUGAUCCUCUCAGCUGGCAGGCAUUUUUCCAUCGUGCCUGUAUCCUCAGAAAAGCUCAUCCCAAACGUGCUCUCCAUGACUACAGUGUUUCACUCCUCAUCAAUGAUACAGAUGAGAAUGUCAUGUCCUACCUCCACAGGGCAAUCUUGUAUGACUCCAUGGGGAAACAUGAGGAUGCGAUCCCCGACUUUGAGAGUGUCCUCAAACUGAACAAGGACAUUGCCUGUGCUCAUGUUAACCUUGGACUUAUCUUCAUGAACCACUACGACAACUACCACAGGGCAAUUAAGAAGUUUGCCUCUGGUAUCAAGGUUGACCCUACGUAUGUGAGAGCCUAUGUUUGCAGAGGGGAAGCCUACCACAAAAUACAUGAGUUAAAGCUGGCCCUACGAGACUUCACCAGAGCCAUCCAUCUACGGCCUGAUAUACAUCACUACUACAUGUACCGAGGGCAGCUUGUCCUGGAGAUGGGUAACUUGGACCUGGCAGCUUUCUGUGUUAGGCAUGCCUCGGACAUUGGAACCCAAGACUCGGCCCUGGGACAGAUGCCAACACAACAGGCUGUAGUACAAACAUUCCUCAAGAAUUACGGCAAGGCAAUAGAAGCCCUCAACAUAGCCACCCGGUCCAAACCCAUAGCAUCACUGUUUAUGCUGCUGGGAAAAACACAGAUGAAAGCCAAGCUUUACAAGGAUGCCAUUGUCAGCUUUGAGCGUGCUCUGGGAAUAUAUAACGUCAAUACAAAGAAACCUUGGAAGCCACGAGAGCCGUGGCCUGCGGAGGCUGGAGAUGCCCACUUUCUGAUUGGCAUGUGUCACAUGGAACUGAAGAGAUACCUAGAUUCACUGGAAGCUUUCUCUAAUGCCAUCAAACUUGACUCAAGCUAUGCAGAGGCUCUGUAUCAGAGGGGUGUGGCCAGAACCAAACUGGGUAUGUCAAAAGGAAUACAGGACUUCAACAAAGCCCUCGCCAUCAACCCAAAGAUCUUCCAGGCAUAUCUAAGUCGAGCCUGUUACUAUGGGCACAGGAAAAACUACACCAAGGCCAUCUUGAAUUGUAAUGAGGCGAUCAAGUUACAGCCACACAGUGUGAGGGCUUUCCUCUACAGAGGGGCCCUGAAGUACCAUAUCAAGGCAUUUGACCUUGCCAUCCAGGACCUGACCAAGGCUACCAGUAUAGAUAGUAGUUGUGCUCUUGGGUACUUCAACCGAGCUGUCUGCUUCCAGGAGAAGAAGGAUUACCAGCGGGCACUAACGGAUUAUGGGAUCGUACUGUUGCUAGGAGAUGACCUCAGGCUACAGGUUUUAAUCAAUAGAGGAUUGCUAUACUUUGAGAGAAUGGAUUACACAAAUGCUCUGUACGAUUUCAAAAUGGCAGCCAAACUGAAACCUUCGGACCAGAGGAUUCUCCAUACACUUGGUCUUUGUUAUCAUAAGAUGAACCAACUCAAGGGAGCUCUAGCCGUUUUUACAUCUUGUAUAGAGAAGAACCCUGCCUUCCUCGACGGAAUCAUCGCCCGUGGCAAUGUGUAUAUGGACUGCGGUGGGGACGGGCUCCGCUGCGCAAGACGUGACUAUGAGCGCGCCUUGUUGAGGGAUCCUCUAUGUUUACCGGCCAGAGUAAACCUUGCCUACACUCUACAAGUGUCAGCCAAAUUUAUGCAGGCCUGGACGCAGUUCACAACUGCUAUAGCUAUCCGGCCAACCUUUAAGCCAGCAUUGGAAGGUCGUGCCAUCAUCAACUUACAGAUGAGUAAUACAUUCGCUGCUUUCCAGGACAUCAACGCCUCCAUCAGAGUUGGCCCUACUGCCGAGCUCUACACAAACCGUGGUGUCGUUAACCAGUUUAUGAAGGAUCACGUGAAUGCUAUGAGGGACUAUCAGGCAGCCAUACAGAUGGAUCCUACCUAUGCUCUCGCCUACUUUAACGCUGCCAAUGUCUACUUCCACACACGACAUUUCAGACAGGCCCACGACUAUUACACCAAGGCUAUACUCAACAACCCCAAGGAUGAAUCUGCCUUCCUCAACCGUGCUAUCACUAAGGUGAUGCUUCGAAACUCCGAGGGUGCAUUGUCAGAUUUCGGUGAAGCCCUGAAGUUGAGUCCCCACACGGCCCACAUGUACUUCAACCGUGGUAACUUGUACUCCUCUCUUGGUCAGUAUGAUAAGGCUGAGGAGGACUACAGUAAAUCCCUAAGUCUGAAGCCCGAUGAUGCCCUGGUGCUGAAGAGACGAGCAGAUGUACUUGGUAAGCUUGGGAGGAAAGGCGAGGCCAUAGAGGAUUAUAGACUGGCAGUGGAGAUACAGAGUCGUAGGAAGUCUUAGUGUGAAUCAGACAUUCCAAAUGUGGGGAUACAGAGAUGUAUGAAGUCUUAGUGGGAAACAGACAUUCCAAAUGUGGGGUUACAGAGAUGUAUGAAGUCUUAGUGGGAAUCAGACAUUCCAAAUGUGGGGAUACAGAGAUGUAUGAAGUCCUAGUGGGAAUCAGACAUUCCAAAUGUGGGGAUACAGAGAUGUAUGAAGUCUUAGUGGGAAACAGACUAUACAAAUAUGGAAUAUUAAAACAAUGACUUGAUGAAUGGAGCCUUAGGAAUUCCCAGUAAGAAUUGGACAUUCCUGAUACAGAAAUUGAGAGUCAUAGGACUUUCUAGUAAACAUAACAUCCCUUUAUGGAGAUACAGAAAUGGAUUAUUUGGAUUUCCAAAACCUCUGAAGCUGUGGGUAUUUCAUAGUUUGAGAGGGCCAUAUUAAAAGGUUCCAUGGACACAUAUUCCCGAGUUGUAGGGAUCUGUGGUCUCCACCUUCAGCCAUUCAAAGUCUAUACAAACAUUACGAUCUUGUAUCGCCAAGUUAUCUCAAACGAUUUUCUGUUCUGUGAUAAUUAUAUUUCAUGAUCUUUUUCAACUUGCAUUUCAUCAUGACUAGAAAAAAGACAGGCUAUGAUAAAAACAAGUUCCUGCAGAGAGAAUUUUGGUUUCUUCAGUAGUGAAGGACUAUCCCUAUGAAGACUGGACUUUCUGGGUUUUUUCCAGUAUUAACAUGUAGAUAAAUAUAUCAGUGCUGUGUGAGGAAGGUUAUAUUGUUGACUGUGUUUAACAUUAUAUUUUACCACUGUCCCCAGAAGAUUCCAGAUGGUCUCUCCUACUGUUUGUGGUCUAGUCUUUAUUUAUGUUAAUGCAUAAUGACAGUGUUGGAUCCUUGUGUGACACAGUGUGUGUAAUAACAUCUAGCAUAAAAUCUGCGUUUAAUCUUGUCCAACUGUGAUACAAUACUGUAUAUAAAUUUUGAUUUUUCCAGUUACACGAAAUAUAUAUGUUCAUGUAAAUAAUAUCAAUAUAUUGGAUAUUGAAAUCCUGAAUUAUCAGCAUUUCUUUCUGCUAGGUGCAUCUUAAAAUGUUUAAAUUUAUUUUUCAAUGUAUGCCAUGUAUAAUCUGAAAACAAUGUACAUGUAUACAUCUGACAUUCCAUUCUAUAUUUACUGUAAACAGUUUCAUAUCCGUCCAUAUAUUGCAUGUACAUGUUUUAUAACUGAAUAUUUGAGAAUAUUUAUUUAUAAUUUUCUGUGAUAGAGACCAUUCCGCCCUUGGUAAGUUACCUUGAUAGUGAUAACACUAAUUACCUUACCAGAAGUCUUUCCUGAUGAGGUAACUCAGGCUAUAAAAUUUGGUUGUAGUGAUAUACAAAUGUACAGUCAUUUUAAUGUAUUAGAGUUACUCCCCUUUGUUUCUCCUGCCAGUACAGAUGGUAUAUAGCCUUAGCUUGAGAGGGGAUGGGGGCCCUGAGAAUGUAUACAGUGGACCCAAGCGUAAUUGAACUAUCAUGAAUCAAAUACUUUCAGUCUGACAUGGAAAGACGACUUUCAAAAACAUAUCUUGAAACAAACAUUUAAGUAGUUAUUUUGAUUUUUUCAACAUUCAGGAGGUCAUAACAUAUAGUGUUCCAUACCAUUUAUUUUUCGGUUCUGUACAGUAUCUAACUCUUGGUUUGUAUGGAAGGGUGCUUGUGUGCCUUUUGUACAAUCCUUAUAGGUCAUCCUCUCAACUACAGUCCAGAUCUAUGUUAAAAUUUUAAGAGCACCUCUCUAGAAUUCACUUGAACCAAUGUUAAUUUCCCUGACCAACUCUCUACCGCCAGUAAUGCAGGCUUUUAUUUCCCCCUUUGACUCUAGCUAGAUCUACAAGGUCAGAAGGGUUCUCCUUAAAAUUGUGAUAUUAUUAGUGUACAUUUGUAUUUAUAAAUGGGUUAUGGUUACUGUAAUCAUUUUUUAGCAGUGUGAAAAAAAAAUGGCUCUGUUGGAAAGAAGUAUUACGAGUGAACUAUUAUAGAACUUAAUAUAAUUUUGUGCAUGUUUCAGGUAAUUUUAAAUCUGAAUAGACAUGCUUUCUCUUCAUCUUUUUUCUGACCUGGGAGGGACUGAUCCAGAGAAAAAUGUACUAUGUUAUAACAGUCAAUAUUCAUCUGUAAUGAAAUCUGUUUCUAGUGAGACCUUGACCCGUAUCAAGGCUAUGAAUUUAUCUACUUUUGAUCUGUUUGAAUUUGUAAGCACAGCAGUUUUAAUACAGGCACUUAGCCUGUAAAUAAUCACUGAAAUCUCUAUCAAAAUAAUUUGUAAAUAUAAUCACAUCUUGUAAAUAUAACAGUAUUUUUGUGUACAUAUGUAAUAUAAAUAUUUAUUUUAAAAAGAAUAAACACAUUGAUUCUGUUUCAUUUUCAGUUUUUAUUUUAGUUAUCUUUGUAUAAAAUAGUAUAAAUUUGUUCAACACUAUUUACAAACUGUGUGUAGUUUCCAUGACAACAAUGAUAAACGGAUAAUGUAAAAACAUUUGAAAAUGUGAUAAAUUUUAGAAACUUUUUACACAUACAAUAUGUUAUCCAGCACUUAAUGUAGUAAUAAUAGAACAGUUUCAUAAUUUAGUAAGAAUUAACAAUAAUUUAUAACAUUUAUUCAAUUAAAAAAUAUUAUGUCAAUUUUUAUAUUGGGUAAAAUUGGAAAUGUUCAACUCUGCAGGAAAAUAUUGAGCAUCUAUCCAACAAUUUCUGAUCAUAUUCAUUUAUUAUACAUCAACCUUAGAUACUUUUUCAAGUCUUGCUAUAUAUAAAAGAACAGUUUUUUCUUUGUUCUUUUAUUUCCAUUUAAAGUCCAGUAAGACUAACAGAGAGAACAUUUCCUAUUUUAUCCGAUUUCUUUGUGAUAUUAAUGAAAAAGUGUGAAAAAACUUCCAUGGUUUGAAUGAAAAUACUGAAUGUGGCAAAACACACACACACACAUGCACACUACUUGGAAGACAAGAAGCAGUGGAAGGAUUCAGGAUUGUACAGAUGAAAUAAAUACAGCAAGUUUAAUCAUGACAAUUACCUAAAAAAUAGUAGUAGUGACAGCUAUGAUCACACCAUUAAUUGCCUUAACAGUGGUAGUGACGAUAAUUAUAAUCUCAUGAUCAAUGAUCCCAUCAUAACAAUAAUCAUGAUCAAUGAUCCCAUUAUUACAGUAAUUAUGAUCAAUGAUCCCAUCAUUACAAUAAUCAUGAUCAAUGAUCCCAUCAUUACAGUAAUCAUGAUCAAUGAUCCCAUCAUUACAGUAAUUAUGAUCCCAUCAUUACAAUACAGUAAUUAUGAUCAAUGAUCUCAUCAUUACAAUACAGUAAUCAUGAUCAAUGAUCCCAUCAUUACAAUACAGUAAUCAUGAUCAAUGAUCUCAUCAUUACAAUACAGUAAUUAUGAUCAAUGAUCCCAUCAUUACAAUACAGUAAUUAUGAUCAAUGAUCCCAUCAUUAAAGUAAUCAUGAUCAAUGAUCCCAUCAUGACAAUAAUCAUGGAUGAUGAUCCAAUCAUUACAGUAAUCAUUAUCCCAUCAUCUUAAUAACCAUGAUACAUAAAUAUUAUUGAUCAUAUAACAGUGAUCAUUCAGUUAUGAUGUUACCUUUAUGAUCACAGUCCCUAUGAAAGUGAUCAAGCAUUUGUUUUCAUACCACAACCACUGAACUGUUACAGCAAUCAUUUACACUGUCAUGUUUUGAUCAUGUAAAGGUUUAUGAGUGCCAUGCAUUCGAUGUUUAUUUACAAAGCAAUAAAGCAGACAAUUUUGCCACCCUUCACUAAGACACUAACAAUAUCAAACACCAACAAACAGUAAAAGAACAAUCGUAUUUUUGAAAUAUUCCUAUUGAUUAUUCGUAAGUGUAUUGGCUAAUAUAACGACCUCACCAGUGUCUUAAAUGUUAAAGAAUAGAAAACAAUAUGUACAUAUUCUCAAAAAAAUAACAAGGAUCUUCUAUAUUUGUUAAUGCUACGUGUGCCGAGAGCAUGAUACAAGCUAACAAAGGAAAUUUUCUGCCUUUUUCACACCUUUCGCGACACAUUAUCAAGUCAAAAAAGAAGAAACUGAAUUUCUAAAAAGUCUUAUAGAUGAAAAAACUUCAGCAUUAUAUAAUACAUGAAAUUACAGACACACCACAAAAAUAAGGACUGUCAAUUUGGCAGCUUGGUUCUUUUAAAGAACAAUAGUAAAGAGUUAUGAAUAUGUUAAUUGUAUUGGAUUUCAAUAAAGACCUAUAUAGAUAUAUGGUAACUAUGACAACAGUAAUUUAAGGGAGACAACACCUAUUUCUGAUAUGGUCACACAUUUGAGAUUGUUAUGGAAGCACCAUGUUUUCAAUUGGACACAUGACCAAGUAUUUAUUAAUAUAAAAAUAUCCGUAUCAAUAUGUAUGACAUAAUGAGAAUAUCUAAACUUAUAAUGGGAAAAAGAUGGUGCUGAAAUAAAAUGGAUGCUAGUGAACAAUAAAUAAAAUAGUGAAUUAAUGAUGAUAUAUAUGAAAAUAAAUGACUGUUUUGGUAAUGUAGACUCUAGUCAAUGUAACUUUAUUCUCGGAACUUCUUCAAUAAAUUAUUUUCAGUGUACAGAUAGAUAAAAUGUUUUUUUUUUUAAUUUUUCUAACAACAAAGUUUUCAUGUAGAAUAAUUUGGAUGCUAUGUACCUUUAUAGUUUUCCAAACCAAAGUGAUAUUUUCCAUUAAUCAUAAGCAACAAAUAUCAUCCAUUUCCUCUGAAUAUACAUUGUAUGUUCAUGUUGAAAAUAAAUUGUU